GCAGGACCAGGUGAUUUACCUGCCUCCAUAGGAAUAUUCAGCCGUUACUACACAGAAUAAACCGGACAUGACGGUUUCUUACACCCUCGAAGUGGCCAAUGCACGAUUUGGUGGCUUCUCCAAGCUCCUGUUCAGGUGGAGGGGAAGCAUCUACCGGCUGCUUUACAAAGACUUCCUGGCGUUCUGUGGGGUUUAUCUGUUUUUCAGUUUGUUUUACAGGUUCCUCCUCACAUCAAAGCAGCAGGAUCUGUUUGAGCGAAUCUCUCUUUACUGCGACCAGUUCACCAACACCAGCUUCAUCCCAGUUUUGUUUGUACUGGGUUUCUAUGUGUCCCUGGCCUUUAACCGGUGGUGGGGUCAGUACAGCAGCUUCCCUCUGCCCGACAACCUGAUGAUGGUGGUGUCUGGGAACGUCCACGGGGUGGACGAGAGGGGUCGUCUGCUGCGACGGACGCUGAUGAGAUAUGCCAACUUAUCUUCAGUUCUGAUCCUCCGCUCCAUCAGCACAAGAGUUCACAAGCGUUUCCCAACUUUGGAGCACAUAGUGGAGGCUGGAUUUAUGACCACAGACGAGCUGAACAAGUUUGAGUCGCUGCACUCUGAUUUCAACAAGUACUGGAUGCCUUUGACUUGGUUCUCCAACCUGGCGUCCAGAGCGAGAGAGGAGGGUCGAGUGAGGGACGACAUCGCUCUGAGGCUGCUGAUGGAUGAGCUGAAUAAGUACAGAGGCAAGUGCAGCCUCUUGUUCCACUAUGACUGGAUAAGCAUCCCUCUGGUCUACACUCAGGUAGUUACUUUAGCGGUUUACUCUUUCUUUGCCUUCUGUGUGAUUGGCCGACAAUUUCUGAACCCUGAGAAAGGAUACAAGGAUCACAAGCUGGACAUGUACGUCCCUGUUUUCACCCUGCUGCAGUUCUUCUUCUACGCUGGCUGGCUCAAAGUGGGGGAGCAGAUCAUCAAUCCAUUCGGCGAGGACGAUGAUGACUUUGAAACCAACCAGCUGAUUGACAGAAACAUUCAGGUGUCGAUGCUGGCUGUAGAUGAUAUGUACCAGAACCUGGCUCCCAUUGUGAAGGACAAGCACUGGGCGCAGAGACAUUUCUCCAUCCCGUACACUCUGUCGACAGCAGCAGAGACUCUCAACCCGCCCUUCAAAGGCUCCACCUUUGACAUGAGGAUGAGUGCCGAGGAUCUUGAGAUUCACCAGCCUGCAGACGCUUCUUCCGGAAAGAAACAGUAUUUACCUCUAAAGGGCUCUCUGGGCGAAGGGCUGGACAGUCUUUUGCAGAGGGGCAAAGGUAUCCUGCGAGGCGGGAGCCUCCCUUCUCUGGUGGAUGUUUCAUCACACCCAAAUGAGGAGGAUGAUGCUGAUGCUUCCCCUGAGGGCGACAUCAACACCAUCAACCACAAAAAACAAGAAAAUGCGUUGAUUAAAGUUGCAGUGGAACACAACUUGUAAAAAUAGAUUGUAAUACUUGAACAUAUUGUGUUUUUGAACCAAGAAUGUUCUUUUAUUGUAUAACAUAUUUUUUUGAUUUGUCACAACUAAAUUAAUUAAAUAAUAUAACUGGCCUAAUAUUAUUGUAUGUUAAUUGAAGGGAUUAUUCAGUGCUUUCAUUUUUCAUUCAUGAAGAUAUAGUGUUUUAUAAGCACGUCUGUUUAAUUGAUAACUCAUAGUGAGAGAGCACAUGCAUAAUUUGAAGUGCUUUAAAGUGAUUAUUUAUCCACUUCAUGAUUUUAAUUUAAAUACAAUUACUGUCAUCUUUAUCAGCCAAACAUGUCAACAACUCGGAGGUCCUCUAUGAGAUAAUACAUUGGUGCAAUAUAGUCUAAUAUAUGUCUAAUAUUUGCAUUAAUUAAGCAGCAUUUUAUUGUCAACAGUAACUGGUUGACAUUGAGCUAAUUUUGUGUAUUUUACAUACUAUAAAGUGCUUUAAUUUGCAAUGAUGCACCAUAUUUUAUAAGACGAUCACAUGUUUUACAGUAAAAUAUAUCUGUAAGUAACUAUGGCUGUCAGGUAAUUGUAGUGAGGUAGAGUUUUUCCUUUGAAAAGUCGUAAAACGUGAAUAAACCUGGAGCUCGUUCAUAACAUUCUUCCAUAAUCCACAGUCACAGUAACCACAGACACGUGCUGCGUUUAGAACUUUAAACUGUAGGAAAAUACAAACCUCCCGUGUCCCGAUUACAAAAACUGUUACAUCCACGUGCAAUUUGUAAUGU